AUGGGCGCAGAUCUGCCCUUUCUCCGCUUUGUGGACACCAGCCCGGACGAGGGCCCGGCCUACGUCGUCCCGCAGAUCGACGGGCCUGCUCGCUCACACUCACGCCGCACGCACGAGUCGUCAGCGGACAAGCUCGCUCGCCGCCGCAAGGCCAAGGCGGUCAAAGCCCGUGCGUGGUUGAGGACAAAGCAGAGGGCGUUUCCGGAAAAGCUGGUCUCGGAGGCCUAUGCUGCUGUGGCGCCGCCGUCGCGCGCUCCGCCACCAGGCUUUCCGCGCCAUCUCGCCGCCUACGCCGACGAGGAGACCCAGACCCGCCUCGCCCGCCUCAUCUCCGCCCGUGCCCUCCUGGAGCGCAAGGCCUGGCCGGAACUCACCGCUCUACAAAUCAUGGUUACGCCGAGUACGCUUCAUGGCGUUGCCAUGGGUACAGACGUCUUUGGCGAGCUUCAGGUUGUCGUCUCGCUCGGAGCCGACCAACGCGGCUUCCUCGCCGACUAUGAGGUCAUCGAGCCAGCCGUAAUCGACUUUACGUCCUCUGGUGCCGUUGAGUUUCUAGUCGACGCCCGCGCCGCCACACGCGAUGACAUUUACAUCGCCGUCUACGAGAUCCAGCAUCCCGACGAUGAAACCAUGUAUCCAGUCUGCGGGCCGACUUCGUUCCCGCUCCCGGCGGUCAGCGCCCUGGCCCGCGCCUCGGCCAACCACAUUGUCCCCCUGUCAUGGUGGCAUGCUGACGUGCCCUUCCAUGAUGAUCUUGUGCGCAAGCCGGCUACCAUCUCGCUCGCGAUCACAGUCACUCCGCUCCCGUUCAACUCGCGCGCCGCAGCCCGCGCCACCAAGCUCGAUGCCCGCAUCGCGUCCAUCACUGCCACGCUGGAGCGCAAGGCUGCUUCUGCUUCUGCUUCCGCCGCCGCUGCUUCUCCAGAGUCUGCCGCAGGCUCGCAGACAGGCUCGGUCGCCUCCGACGUCACCGAUGUCGCCAUCCCGGUCGUCGAGAGCUCCGCCCCUACCGCCUCCAUCGACGUCAUUCCGCCGUCGGUCUCAAACUCGGUUGCCUCUGCCGACGCCGACGAGACCGAGAGUGAUGACGCUCUGCUCGCAAGCUCGAGCGACUCUGAAAGCGAGGCCAGCUCUGCCGCCUCACGCGCCACAUCCGCCACCUCGCGUGAUGUGACCGAUGCCGGUGACAGCUCGGUGCAAUCUAGCUCGGUGCUGUCACUUGCCCCGCCGCCACCACCGCCUCCACCGCCGCCUCCCAGGUCGGCGCUGGCUGGUCUUCGUGGCCUGGACCAUCCCCUGGACAUUGCCUUUGAUCUCCACUGGUCUUCGCUCUCGUCCCAUGCCAUCACCGCGCUUCACGCCACUCGUGAUGGUCUUGUUGCUGGCGACGGCGACGGCGCCAUCUUCUGGUGGCAGGUUCGCUCUCACAUCAUUCAGUCAACAUCGAGUUCGGAGCCGACCCAGAAGAAGCACUCGUUUGAUCUUGUGCACUCGUACCCCGCCAUCGGCGCCGAAGCCACUGCAGUCGUGCUCUCGUCUGUGGCUGUUUCGCCAACCGACGUUCUCAUUGUUGCCUACGACAACUCGCAGAUGCGAGUGUGGCAGGCCUGCUCUGAGCCGCCGCAGCAUGAGUGCUUGCAGCUCAUCUCGCUGGCAUCGCCGGUCACCGCCCUCGCCUCGGAUCCGCACUCGCUGGUCUCCGGUGCUCGCGACGGAUCCGUCCAUCUGUGGUCGACCGGCAAGGUCCGCCUUAUUGUCACUCUCUCGGGUGCUACUGGUGCUGCUGUCACUGCCGUUGCCGUCGCAGGCACUCGCGCCGUCACCUCGGCCAUCGACGGUCAGCUCUCGGUCUGGUCCGUCGCGCGCUCGGGUGCCUCUCUCCUCCACAAGAUCCAGGCCCACAAGCGGUCGCUUACCUCGUUUGCACUGCCUAUGGGCUCGACAUUGAUCUCAAAGCCGCUGGACACCCUUGCCACAGCCUCUGCAGACGGCAUGGUCAAGGUCUGGGACAUGCCACGGCGCCUUGUCUCGCACAACUACUUUGCCCUCAAGCGCGGCCCAGUCCUGGCUGUGGUCUUUGAUGGCUCGCACAUGCUCUCGGUCGGUGCGCCACCCCAAGUGGUCAACCCCUCAUCUGCCCCGGGCGCACCAGCCCCGCCGCCGCCGGCCGAGCUCAAGCUCUGGUCGCUCGACCGGGUUCGCCAUCUCGCCGCCUGGCCACUUCCUGCGCUGCCCGCUCGCUUCACUACCUCGGAUAAGAUGGUCGUCUUUGGCCUCGAGCCGCAUGACGUCGUCCACCCGCCCGAGAACGAUGACGAUGAGCCGGUCACCACAUUUGAGUCACGCCUGUUGGUUGUAUUGACCUCGCAGCGAUAGUCGCACACCUGUGCGCCGCUAAAGCCCGUCGACCCGCGGGUCGAUGCCGAGCCCGGCGAGCCCGGCGUCAAUGACGCUCACC